AUGGCAACCCUGGAAGAAUUGAUUAUCUUGCAGCACAGCACAUACAAAGAACUAAAGACUUGUCUGGAACCCGAGAAAAAAGCCGGUACCGUAUAUCAACAACUUGAAGCGAAAUGUGCCGAACACAAUGAAAUUGUCUGUAAUCAACAAAAAGUCACCUCUCAACUCAAGGCAGCAGCGAAACGCGAGUACUUACAAUUGCAGAGUCAGAACAAUGGCGUCUUCAAGUUUGUCUUCAGCUCACAUAACGUUAAACUGGACGAACAAAGAGAAAAAUAUCGGAGAGCAUUUCAAGCCGAGCAAGAUGCCGUUGUCAAGUUAGAAAUCAUGCAGGCAGAAAAAGAAAAAAUACGUAAACAGACUCUGGCGGCUAAAGAAGAAUAUCAGCGUUACAAGGAUCAGCAUUUGCAACUGGAUCGAUUUAUAAAAGACAUUUUCCAAGAAGCAACCGAUGUUGAAAAUUAUCCCGAGCUGACUGCACUUGAAAAAAAGCUUGAACAAGAAAAUCAGGCCGAAUCAAGGUCACUGGAGAAAGCAAUUAAAGCGUUAACUUCAGCCAUCGUCCCACCAAGCCCCUUCGACGGGUUCAGCAAUAGUCCUACCCAUGCAAUCACACUGAUUCCUGCGAGCCUUGAACCCUUUGUUCUAGGAGCCAAACAUCAGGUGAAGCGUGCGGUCCGUUCCUUACAACAGCAAAGGGUGACCGAAUGCUCUACUCUGGAAAGUUUAUUAAAUUCGAUGGUGUUACGAAAAGAUGGGGUUCUCGAAGAUCAGCAUGCACAAAUUAAGUCCUGGGAAUCCCAGAUCCGAAGAAUUAUACAAGAGAUGCAAAUCAGUCUGUUGCCUACACUGACCCUGCAAGUGGAUUCUCUUCAAUGGCAGAUCAAGAAGCAUGAGACUACUAUUAUGACCUUGAAAGACGAUGUUUCACUCAAAAAGCAGCUAAUUCUUGACAACAUCCUGUCAGAUAUGCCAGUGUACGAUCCUACCGGCGCACCUCCGGCCUACACGGAUGAACCUACCGCAGCUGCUCCAUGA